UGCGGAUAUUAUAAAAGACGCUAGAACUUUCGGGUUGUUGGUUCAUUUUCAAUUCUGAAACUCAGUAAAGCUCAGCAUGAAGAUUUCGGUAAUAACGGUCCUUGCGGUGAUGAGUGUCGUCUCCGGUCAGUUGAUCAGAGGACCGCCAGGUUGGACUUAUUACAAUCCGCUUAUUCAGUCUCCUUAUGUGCCUCUGUUGGACGGUAGUAGUCCCCAGCAAAAGGACCCGUGCCUCAGGGAACUCAAAGUGACUUCCCAACGUUUGAAGGAAACUUCCGGAGUCAUUGGCCAUUUAAAGAGCCAGCUGAACGCAUUAGAAAAGAACACUCGAAGAUUGGCCGAGAAAAUGGUAAAGGGUUGGGCCUGGACGAACAAGAAAUUCGAAGAAACUUCGCAAAAAUCGACAGACAUUUCAAACAGAUUAAGCGAAACCAAAGACAUGGUCGUCAAUUUAAUUAUUUACGUCAAAGAGCUCGUUGCUUCCGCAACGAGUAUUAGCUCGUCAACAAGCGCAACGACAGACAUCGGGAAAAUGCCCAACAACUGCAUGGAUUUGCAGUUAAUCGGACACAUUAAAAGCGGAUUGUAUUCCGUCAUGGGCACUCGCAGCGUCGAAACUGUUUACUGCGACUUCUCCAAACGACCAGAACAUCCAGGUUUCCAGCAAUGGGUCGGUUACAAUGACGUCAAAUUGUCUCCCACCUUCUUCUACGUCGAGAAAAACGUUGGCUUCUCUUCAGUGGCGACCGCCGUCCCGUUCGAGGUGGAGAAAGUCAACACUGGAAACGCCAUGGACUUGGAGAUUGGAAUUUUCACGACGCCUAAAUCGGGGAUUUAUCAUUUCUCGUUCGGCGGGAUGGCCCGAUUCGACCCGGAUUCGUCGGGCGAGAUGCUGGAGCUGCGGCUGAUGUUGAACGGCGUCCGGGUCAGGUCGAGUUACGCCACUAAAUCCAGCGGCUGGCUCAGCGUGACUUUGGCGGAAACGAAAUUCAAUCAAAUCCAAUUAGAGUCGACGCUGAAAUUGCAAGAGUCCGACAGGAUUUGGCUGGAAAUUCACGCUCAUUCCGGAGCGGCGGGAGUUUCCCUUCACGACGACGCCGACUGGCACCACACCCACUUUAGCGGUCUCCUCAUCGAAGAAGAUUUCGAAUAUUUCUAAUCGAUUCCUUAUUAAUUCUUAAUUCAAUAUCUAUUAAUCGAUAUUAUCAUUAUCUAUAUUUGGAUUUUAAUACAAAUGGAAAUAAUACAGCACAAGAGGAAAUUAAUUACAUA